AUUCAUUUCCAAUAUACUCUUUACUCUCUCAUUCUUCUCUUUUGGUUCUUCUCCACCCUUUCACCAAACCUAACGUUUCGAUCUCUCCAUCGGCCAAAAACCACCCAUGGCUUUGGCUCGCCGGAGUUCCAAUCUCCUCAAGCCUCUCUCCACCGCCUCCUCCUCCUCUUUCCUCCACCGCCGCCCUUUCUCCACCGAUGACUCCACCACCAUCACCAUCGAAACCAGUGUCCCCUUCACUGGCCACAACUGCGAACCUCCGUCCAGAUCCAUCGAUACUACUCCUAAGGAACUCAUGACUUUCUUCACCGAUAUGGCACUUAUGCGCCGUAUGGAGAUCGCCGCUGACUCUCUCUACAAAUCCAAGUUGAUCCGAGGGUUUUGCCAUCUGUACGAUGGACAAGAAGCUGUGAGUAUAGGGAUGGAGGCUGCGAUUACGAAGAAGGAUUGUAUAAUCACCGCCUAUCGUGACCAUUGUAUCUUCCUAGGGCGCGGUGGGACGCUACUUGAGAGUUUUGCUGAGCUUAUGGGUCGUCAAGCGGGUUGUUCUAGGGGGAAAGGAGGUUCGAUGCAUUUUUAUAAGAAAGAUGCUUGUUUCUUCGGAGGACAUGGGAUUGUUGGAGCUCAAGUUCCGUUAGGAUGUGGAUUGGCGUUUGCUCAGAAGUAUAGGAAGGAAGAUCAUGUCACUUUUACCAUGUAUGGUGAUGGUGCUGCUAACCAAGGACAGCUUUUUGAAGCUCUUAACAUGGCUGCCCUUUGGGACCUACCUGCCAUUUUGGUAUGCGAGAAUAAUCACUAUGGUAUGGGCACAGCUGAAUGGAGAGCUGCAAAGAGUCCUGCUUAUUACAAGCGUGGGGAUUAUGUUCCUGGAUUGAAGGUAGAUGGAAUGGAUGCCUUUGCAGUGAAACAAGCUUGCAAAUUCGCAAAAGAACACGCAUUAAAGAAUGGACCCAUUAUUCUUGAAAUGGACACUUACAGGUACCAUGGUCACUCUAUGUCUGACCCUGGUAGCACUUAUCGUACCCGUGAUGAAAUUAGUGGUGUCAGACAGGAACGUGAUCCUAUUGAAAGAAUAAGGAAGUUGAUCCUGGCUCAUGAUAUAGCUAAUGAAAAAGAACUCAAGGAUAUAGAGAAGUUAGCUAGAAAAGAAGUUGAUGAAGCUAUUGCCAAGGCAAAGGAAAGCCCAAUGCCAGAUGAGCCUGAACUUUUCACCAAUGUUUACCGUAAAGGAUAUGGGGUUGAGUCUUUUGGAGCAGACAGGAAAGAGUUAAGAGCUACACUCCCUUGAUUUUCAUAAUGAAAUCAUAUUAUAAUCAAAAGAAUAUUUUGGUUUAAUCCAACUCAUCUCUUCAAUACCAAAACAAAAAUAAGAACACAGAGAGAUGGAGUGAAUAACAAAUUUAUUGCUGUUUUUUUAUUUUAUUUCGUUUGUUGUGUUGUGUUGAUGGCAAAAAAAAAAAACAGAAAAAGUUUUGAUAUGAUUCUUUUGGGCCUGUUUCAUAUACUUUUGACAUGAAAAAAACUUUAAUACUUUUUGUGAAAGGCUGUUGAACAUGAAGCUAUAUCUGUUAUGAUAUAUUUGGCACUUUUGUUUUUGCAA